AUGGUUCUUUUGACUCCUACGAGGGAUGUUUGGCUGGUGAAAGGGGUUCAAUUUCCUUGCAUGGAUGACCUAGUGGUGGUGGAAUUGAUUGUCCUCCGUGAGGCUCUUUUGUGGUGCUUGGCGCUCGGCCUCUCGGAAGUGAAGUUUGAAGGUGAUGCCAAGGUUAUUAUUGAUAAAAUCAAUCAAACGGAUACCAGAGAUAACCGAGUCGGAGCUGUUCUGGAGGAACUUCUGCAAUAUUUUAACAGCUAUACUGGGUUUAGUGUUCGAUUUGUAGGUCGGAGUAGUAAUAGGGUAGCCCAUACGGUGGCUCGUAAAGUCCUCUCUUUGUACCCGACUAUGAGUCAUUUCUUUGAUUUCCAGACCUGGCUGAAUUCCAUUAUGUAA